AUGUCUGCCAACUUUUUAUAUUCAAACACUGCAUUACCGUCGCUUAUAACACAUCAACAGCAACAGCAUCUAGUUACUCAGCGCAGCCGCUCAGCUUCAACAUCCAACGCUGGACCAAACGUUCCUACUCAAUACCAAGUUGCUCUUUCACAACCAUACCAAACUCUUGGACCAAUGGAUGGAUCUUGGACCCAAACUCAAGGAUUGUAUGUAAAUGGAUUAAAUAAAAUGAUGAAUAUCUAUCCUGGUCAAAAUGUGACAGAAAUGGAACAAACGCCUAUGAGUCAGCCAAAUGAGCCAACAAAUGGUAAUACUGCCGGGAAUCAUGGAUCUGUUACACUGGCUGCUGCACCACAAGUUCAUUUUGCAGUUGCAGCCACUCCGAAUGGUUUAGUUCAACCGCAUACAGGCCUACAAAAUCCAUCUACAUCUAUGCGUUCCGAUCAGACAACUGUUCUGCAUUCAACCUCACAACAUCCAUCUGGUCAAUCAUUUCUUAUUCCUGGAAUAGUAGGCCAACAACCACCACCAACUUUACGUACAUUAACACAAGAUAAUUUAUCACCAUCUGUCUACAGAGAGCCUGGUUCCAAUCAACAAUCAAUGUUAUCAUCAGGUACAAAACAGACAAAUAAUCUGAACAGUGUAAACAAUACACGUGAUCUACACUCACGACUAAUUGAUAAUGCUUCAAUGAAUCAAUCAGCCUAUGUGGCAUCUGUUCCAGUUCAACAGCAUCCUCCUGUUGUAUCUCAUCAUCAUCAUCCUCAUGCUCAUCAGUUGUAUACAAGUCCUACACUACAACCACCAUCUUUACAUGGUAUGGUCGAGUAUGUACAAGCUGUUUAUCCAACUAAUCCAAAUAUUCAUAUACCAUAUAGUCAACAACAGCAACAGCAGCAACAACAACCAUCGGCAACAGCUAUAUUCAGUCAUUAUCCUGCUCAAAUGAAUACUCCUUUCGAUUCAACAACAAUGCAUACAAACUUUAAUUCACGUGUACGUCAUAAUACAUGGACCACUACCACUUCUACUACUUCUACUGGUCUCGAAGACAAUUCAUCCUCUGCUGGUAAUCAUGAUUCAUCUAUUCGAAAACUGAAAAAUGAUAAAGUCUUAAUGCCAAAUGACUAUGCAUCGUCUACACUGAAUGAAUAUAAUAUUAAUUCGCAUGGUUCAUAUUCACAAUAUCCUACUGGUGGUGGUGGUCCAUACUUUACUGGGUUUACACAGUCUUCUUUUUAUCAACCGGAUAGUAGUCAACAAAAAACAGAUCUGACUAAACAACACCAGCAGCAACAACACCAACAUCUACCGCCUGGUUCUAUUACAUUCCAACCUCAUAAUGAAGUACAAAAACAACAUGCAUGUAGCUAUCAAAAUCCAGCCUCUUUACAGUAUAAUUCUUCUCUAGCCUCAAUAACUAACAAUGAUAUUUCGUAUAUAACAUCUGUUCCUAUGGGUCAGUUACCGGCAAGAUCUACUUACCAUCAUCAUCCUAUGCACAACAGUUCCUAUUUACCACCACCAUCAGGCAGUGUUGGUGGGCCGUCUUGUUUACCUGUUCAAAAUAACAAUAAUUAUAAUGCUAAUCAUAAUCAGUCGUCACAUAUGUAUAAUAAUAUUUACAAUUCAGAGAAUUUGAAUACGACUGCUACUGCUGUCGGCGCCGCGGCCGCUGCCGGUGCUGCUACUACCACUACUAAUGUACAACAAUCAGCUUAUCCUGUAAAGGAUAACUAUCCUCGUGGAAAUCAUAAACCACCACGUGAGUGGAAUAAAUCGAAAGAAAUCAAUCAUCAUCACCAAAGUAAAAAUGCACAGAAUCCACUUCACUCUCGUUCAAAUAAUACUACUAAUAAUACCAGUAGUAAUAAUAAUAAUAAUCGAUUGAAAACCGGAAGUAAAAGUUUUGCAUCAGAUAGGCAACAACCUGUUUCGUCUAGUGAUCGUAAAGUGACAUCUUCCAACUCUGCUGUAGGCAAUAGAUCAAGUGGAACAGGGAAACAAACUAUCCUGUCAAAUCAUACAACUACAACAAAUUUCAUUCCGUCAGCAGCAGCAGCAGCAGCAGGAGGUCUUAUUAUAUCUUCUAAUCCUUCGUCUACAGUUUACCAUGACUUCAAUUCAACUAGUCGGGUGAAUACAAGAGCAGAUCAUGUUGACUAUCAUCAGCAUUCACAGCCUUAUGUCAGUUCAUAUGCUAGUAGUGCAAAUCAACAACCGCCAAUGCCUACUGAGCAUUGUAUUAAUGGUGGCGGCGUUGGUGUUCUACCGAAACAUUUACAAACUUAUCAACCAUCCGUUACACAUAACAGUCUGUUGCCUAGUUGUAUUCAAAGUCUUCCAGAGAAUUUUAUAGCAAGUUUAAAAUUAAGCGGUUUCCGUCUUGUCUUGGAUUCUUGUCCGACUAGAAUGUUACUCAGUACCUCGUUAGUUGGUUCAGUGAUUGGUCGAGGCGGUAGAACUAUUCGUCAGAUUACAACAAAGACUGGUGCUAAAAUAGGCUUGAAACAGGAUAUCAUUACCUUUUCGCAGUUCUCUUUACCAGGAAAAGGGAGAAAAACAUUCAAACCGUCAGCAGAUCCCGCUAGUAGUAAUAGUACUGCAAAUGACAACGUAAUCAGUAAUAAAGCAGGAGGAGAAGAAGUAGCAGAAGAAGGAGAGGAGGUGAGGAGUGACGAGAAAAAUCAGUCACCUGAUGACAAUGGAGAUACUACUUCUACUACUCCAAGUACUACUACUACUACCAGCAAUAAUCCAGAAGAUGACGGUCAACCGACAGAAUCAACCGCGAAUCCAGUCAGUGAAUCUGAGUCACCACCAGCAGCAGCAACGGAACCACCACCACCAAUUAGCACACUUCAAUCUAAGCUAGAAAUUCAAUCAGACCAGAGUCAACUUGCUGUUCUCUAUGGAUCCAGGGAACAAUGUUCCGCUGCAUUGUAUGAAAUCCUUACUAUAUGCUUCAGGGAAUCAAAACAUCGUGGUUUCUCUGAUCCAUGUUUAGGCCUACUUGUUGAACAACAAAUUUAUAGUCAAUUAAUUAUGAAUAAAGGUAAAAAAUAUUUCAAUGCUAUACACGCUGCUACAGGAGCACGUAUAUCAGUAACUGGUACACCUCUGCAAAUCUCUUCUACCUCAUCUACUGAUGGUAAUGAUCAAGAAAAAUGCAAUCCAACCGGCACUACAGAUCGUGUACUAGUUGUUCGUGGUCAUUUGAAUGCAAUUUGUGCCGCUGAAGCCUUCCUCAGUGAACAAAUUCGUUGGGCAACAAUUGAAUCAGUAAUUCCGUCGCAUUUUUGGCCUUUACUCAACCAUCUGCCUUCUAUACCACUCGUGAAUAAUCAUAAAUCAUCGAAUACACCGUUUAGUUAUGAUCCACAAUCAGUCUGUUCAUUGAUUAUGUCAUUAGGAUCAAUAUUUUGGCCACAAUCCGUUUGUGCAAAAUUAGGCAAGAAUUCUUCCUUGCAAUAUAAUAAUAAUAAUAAUAAACGAUCUGAAGUUCGAAAUACAAAUCUGUCGACGAAGUCUAAUAGUGGUCUACCAGAGAAUGAUACAACGAAUAGUGUGAAUACUCUCAGUCCAGUAGAUAUUCAUGAUGAUGAGGGUGAUGGUGACGAUGAUGACGAAGAUGCCGAUGCCGAUGGCGAUGAUGCUGAUGAUGUUGAUAUUGUAGAGGAGGAGAAUCAUGAAGAUAAAGAAGACUUGGAAUAUGAUGCCAAAACUCUUGUCAAUGAAGAUAAUCUUAGCGAAAUGAACUCUGAGGGAGUAGUAAUACAAGAAGGUAUUGACGAUAAUCCCGCCAAUGACAAGGUGGAUGAUGAUAAUAACACCAGUCUUCCUCUGGAUAACACAGACUUGUCAUCAGAGGAUAUUAAUGAAAUUACUGUUAUCUCUGUCUCCGCCUCGGAUAUGGAAGAUAAAGAUGAGGUGAUGACAGUUAUAGAAGUAACUGACAACGAUAAAACCGAAUCUCAAUCACCGCCUGUCUGCAUCGAUUCUGGAGUACAAAAAUCUGAUAAAUUUGAUGAAACCAGCUCUGAUCAGUGUGUAGUUGAACAACUAACUCGGUCAACAAUGCCUAAAGAAACUAAUCUUGUUGUCGCGACUGCAGUUCAACAAUCACUCAUUGCUGCUGUUGGUCCAAUCGCUUGGCUAGCGACUGGCGGUAUGCUAUAUAUGCGUGUUUCAUAUAAUGAAGCUGGAGCUUUAAUCGGUACAGAAGGCUCUCGAAUUCAACAUCUUAUGCAUAUUACUGGCGCAGAAAUAAAUGUCGGCAAGGUUCAAAUUAAUCCACCAUAUGCAAUCAGUCCAUCAACUCGCACUACUCAUACUGCUAAUGCUACUGCUACUGCUACAACUGCCACUACGAAACGCACCACCAAUUCAUCAACUCAAUCAUCUGAUCGCAGAUCACCAACAUGUAUUUCUCUAGCUGAUUCUUUCUUGAAUAAUUCUACACCGGAUGAAGAUUCUUCUUUGAUGAACAAUAAAGUCGAUCAGUCCACCAGUAAUCAAGAUGAUAAUAUUGAUGAUGAUGAUGGCAACAACACCUCUGUGAAAUCAUCAGAUGCCACUGAAAGUUUGAAUGCUACAACAGAACCUACUGAUGAUAUCAACAACUGUAACGACGACGAACAGCAACAACAACAACACAACCAAGCAUCAAAUCAAUCCGUGGACAACAAUAAUAAUGAAGAUGGUGGUGAACAAUCCACAAUACCAAAAUGCCCAAAAGCAUCUUCUGAUUCUUCUACCUCCUUCGCCAUCUUUAUCGGUGAACAGUUGUCAUCAAGCGGUACAAUGCCUAGUGCUUCUUCUUGUCAUUCCGAUUGUGGAAUUGCUCAACAAAAAACUGAUAUACCUCAUUCAAAAACAACUGAAUCAAAAGGCAUAAUAAAUUCAGCAAAUCAAUCCUAUCGUUUAAUCACUCUAUCGGGUUCUGCUCAAUCACAGAUUAUGGCUCAAUGGCAAAUAUUUCAACGUCUUAAGAAUAUACGUAAAAAACAGGCGGAUUCUUCAUCUCAGAGAGUAUUUUGUUUAGCUACAUUAAUUUGUCUACCUUAUCGAUUUUUAUGGUGGUUAACUACGCAUAAUCCAGGAUUCUCAGAGACAUCGGAUUCUACUUCUAUUCUUACAUCUACAUCAUUAACAAGAUCCAAUCAUUAUUCACAGGGUAAAUCUGAUAACGAUCAGAGCAGUGAUCAUAGCAACAACAAUAAUAAUAAUAAAGAACAAAAAUCUGGAAUAUCUCCACUGAAUUGGAUCCAGUUGUUGGCGAGUAAACAUAUGAAUGCAAAUAAUGCAGAUAAUGGCGAGAAACAAUUGCCUAAUAAAUUUAUUCAUGUCCUCCCUGAGCCUAGACGACGUCGACGGUUAGUUCAACAACAGUUGAAACGAAUUAUGAAUGCUAGUCGGCGUGGUGGACAACACCACCACCAGCAACAACAACAAAUGAAUCAUGUCGGCAACUGUUUGGCGAAAGCACUUAUCCUACCGACAAGAGGAUUAAGUAAUGAUGGCUUAGAUCAAUUGUGGGCUCAUCCUAAUCGUAUACCCUUGGAGAUUUAUGCUGAUUUUGAAACAACACAAUUGGUAUUGAAAAAUUUACAUCAUAUGUUAGCCUUAUGGUUAUAUGGACAAUCACUUGCCGGGACUUCAAUUCAAUCGUUUAUUCAACCACCGAUUAUCUUUUAUCCCCUACCUAAUACCUCUGGACGUCCAGGCAAUCUGUCUAACUUGGAGGCAUCAAGAACAACAGCAACAGCAAUGGCAACGACAACAUCAGCAGCAGCGCCAGUAGCGGCACACAAUCGACCAUAUUCACAGCCUAAUUUUUAUAAUAAUAAUAAUAAUUAUGAUCAAUUUGACUAUUGGACAUUUAUGCCUAAUCGUCAACAUGAUGCUUUUUUUAAUUCACCACUUAGGCAUAGUUUUCCUAUGCCAUUGUUACCUGGUGGUGGUGGUGCUGCUGUUGCUAGUGCUGGUGUUGGUGCUGGGAGUUCACCCUAUUCAUCAGCACCAAUACUUCCACCGGAUCGUUGUAAUUAUGUAAAUUUUACAGCACAACCAUACUAUUAUCCUCGAUAUCCUUGGAUGAAUUUACCUGGUAUCCCAUCUAAUACUAAUAAUAGUAAUAACAAGUACUCAGGACAGGCAACAGUAUCAGAUGCUGCUACUACUGCAACUAGGGGUGGUGGUAGCAUGCGUGUUGGCCCCCCAGCUUUAUAUGGCUAUUGGCCACGUGGACGCUUCAAUCAUCCCCUAGAGGAUAAGCAUAAUAUUGUUGUUAAUGGUGAUUUAUCUUCACAAUCGACACGAUUUCCAUCACCUGGCACUUGUGGCGUUGGUGGUGGUGGUGGUGGUUAUACAGCAUUUCUUACUAACUUACAUUUCCCACCAACAGCAGCCAUGGCAGCAGCAACCGGUACAGGCGCCCGACCAUCAGCUACACCUUUCAAUCAUAUCCAUACAUCUGUUCAUCCUGCACAAGUUCAUGGUUAUCAUCGAGGUUCAUCUGUUCCACCACAACCGAAAUUUAGAUUCCGUAAUCCAUGUAGCGGUGGAGGGGUAGGAGGAAGUGCUACAGAACCAUUUAUCCUAAAAAGUAUGCCAUUAUUAGAUACACCAAAUCAUCAAAUGAUCAUGAAUAAUAAUAACAAUCAUCGACCGUCGUCUUUUGUGCAUCAUUCAAAAUCGUCAACAACGACAACAGCAACAACAACAACAAAUCAUGUAAAGAAUCAGGGAACACGAACAAAACACAAUUCACAAAGUUUAACUGAAUCACGGAAGAAAAAUGAUGACUCGACAACCGUCAGCGGCAGUGGUGAUGGCGGCAGCUAG